GAGAAUUUGAGAGCGCAGAGGAGGAAGUUACGGAAGUUAAUAUCAAAAAUGUCAAAGUUUAUUGAUUUUGAUGUCUUUCAUCCAUUGAUUGACAUGUGAAUUGACACUAACACAGUCAUUAUUUGCCAUUAGCGGUAUAUAUUAAUUUUGCCGACAAUAUUUAUUUCUAACCAAAGAAACAAUAGUAUCAGCGCGCACGAUGUCGCGGCGUAGUAAUUGGAAUAGAGCAUCAUAUAAAAAUCAAAAUCGUGGGGGCAGACCUCAUGGUUUGCGCGGCAAAGACAUCGGCCUUUAUUAUAGAGAUCUGCAGAGAAAUAAAAAUAAAAAUAUGGAUCUAGAUUAUAUGAUAAAUCUAUCAGUACCACCCGCAGUACUGACAAGCUUGCAGAAAAACAUACAAUCUAUUAAAAAGAUUGCCAAAGAACAUAAUAUACAUGUACCACCACCUAAACGUUUAAAUUUUGUUACAAUAAAGAAAGAUGAUAAAUCUGAACACCGUUAUGAUAGAAAAAGUAGUUACCCUGCGCACAAAAAUAAAUAUUCUGAUCAGUCCACGUCAUUGGAUACUCCUAGUACCUCUUGGGACUAUAAUAUGCAGGUAGAUGAUGUAAAAGAAUCAAACGCAAAAGAAGCGAAAGUGGGAUCAUCAGGUGAAGAAGAUUUGAAUACAGGUCCUGAAAAAGCAAAGUCCAGUCUUUCAUCAGAUGAAAGACAGCCAGGUCCUCUAAGAGGUGCCGGUGAUUAUAAAUAUGGCUAUGAAGACAUAAUUACAGGUACUUUUGAAGAAAAACUUGAAAAAUGUUUAAAUGAUGGAGUCAAUAUAGCCAUGAAUAACCCCACAAUUCAAGCCUUAAAUGAAUCAUACUAUGAAAACUAUAAGACAAUGAUAAAUGUUGAUAAAUAUAUCAAAAUGAAAACAUUCCGAGAGAGGUUACCAACAUACAAGAAAACAAAGGAACUGCUAGAAAUGUUUCACAAUAAUCAAGUGGUUGUUAUUAGUGGUGAGACUGGCUGUGGAAAAUCUACUCAGAUUCCACAGAUAAUUUUAGAUAACGCGAUUGUCAAUAAAAAUGGUGCUAAUGUUCAUAUUUUAGUCACUCAACCGCGGCGUAUAGCCGCUUCAUCCUUGGCAAUGAGAGUUGCUGAGGAGAGGUCUGAAAAAGUGGGCACAUCUAUAGGAUAUGCUGUCAGAUUAGAAGUUGUGGAUCAACGACCACGCGGUAGUAUAAAAUUUUGUACCACGGGAGUUUUACUCGCGGAACUGGAAAUUAACCAGGGUUUGACUAACUAUAGUCAUGUGAUACUAGAUGAGGUACACGAGAGAGACUGCGAUAUUGACAUAUCCAUGUUAAUGUUGAAACAGGUGCUCAAACAGCGCAAAGAUCUCAAACUAAUUUUAAUGAGUGCAACAAUAGAUGCUGAUAGACUGAGGUCUUAUUUUGAUGACUGUCCAGUGAUGCAUAUUGAAGGCCUAGCCUACCCUGUAGAGGAUAUUUAUUUAGAAGAUAUCCUGCAAAUGACGAAGUACAUUCCAUCGUUUGACCAAGGCACCCGAGCGGCCCACAAAGGCCAACGACAGAAAUGGAAGCGAAAAGAAGAAGAAAUGGAGAGAGACAUACAAUAUAAAGCCGAAAUUGCUCCAUGGCUUGAGUCCGUCAAAAAACAGCUCCCCCGUGAAGUGUACACUGUGCUCAAAGACGCAAGGAUUGAAGACUUGAACAUAAAUAUAAUUUAUGAACUGCUGUUAUACAUAUGUAAGGGAAAACCUGGCGCGGUACUGAUUUUCCUGCCAGGCAUUGGAGACAUAACAAAUCUUUUGAAGAUGAUUGAAACUAGUAAUAAUUUCCCAAAAUCUCGCUUUGCAAUCUAUCCAUUACAUUCAAAAUUGCCAUCAUUAGAACAACAAAAGAUAUUCCAGCGACCCCCAGAUUAUAUAAGGAAGAUUAUACUGGCUACAAACAUUGCUGAGACGUCUAUAACUAUUGAUGAUAUUGUAUAUGUUAUUGAUUGCGGUAAAAUUAAGUAUAGUGGACUGAAUAUUGAGGAUAAUAUACCCACCUUGCGUACAGAGUGGGUAGCACAAGCUAAUUUAAGGCAGCGGCGUGGCCGAGCUGGUCGCUGUCAGCCAGGCAUAUGUUACCAUUUGGUGACGUCAUUCCGAGCCAGUCAACUGGCGGAACGUCUUCUGCCAGAAAUACAACGGAACUCCUUAUUAGAACCCGUUCUAGCUAUAAAGAAGUUGCGUUUAGGCAAGGCAUCUCUUGCUUUGAGCAAGAUGCCGUCUCCUCCCGCUGAAACCACUGUGGAACGAGCUGUCAAACGCUUAUCUCAAAUCGGUGCUCUAGACAACGAUGAAAAGUUAACCCCACUUGGGUGGCACUUAGCUCGUCUGCCAGUCCACCCGGCCGCAGGCAAACUGCUGCUAUUAGGCACAUUGUUCGGAUGUCUUAACCGCGCAGCCAGUGUCGCUGCCGUAUGGGGAUUUAAGGACCCUUUCCAACUUGUUAUUGGCAAGGAAAAAGAAGUGGAUGAGGCGAAACGCACUCUAGCUCUAGGCGAGCCGAGUGAUCACGUGGCUAUAUCAGAAGCCGUCAUUCAAUUUGAGCAUUACCGCACUUACCAUGAGAAACGCAAAUUUGCAUACGAGAACUUCUUGUCCUGCCACACUUUAGAACUAUUGUCGGAUAUGAAGAGGCAGUUUGCGGGUAAUUUGAAGCAGAUGGGCUUCCUACGUAAUGCUGAUAUCAAGUCUCCAUGGGAGAAUCGCAACAUGGAUAAUCUGAGCCUCUUCAAAGCUAUAGUGGCGGCCUCUCUGUACCCUAAUAUUGCGACUGUGAAGUGGAAGAAUAUCAAUCCUCGUAAACGUUUCUUAGACCCCCGUCUAAAGGUGAGGACACCAGAAGAUGGCUCAGUGAGUUUGCACCCAAGCAGUGUAAUGGCCUUUAAGAGCUACCCACCAGGACGUGGAUACCCCCUCGCCCCAGUGUGUGACAGCCCUGGAGCCACCUGGCUUGUCUACUGGCUUAAGCAACGAUCAUCAGACCUAUUCCUCUUUGAUGUAACCCUGAUCUAUACUUUGCCUUUCUUGUUCUUUGGAGAAUUGGCCAUAACUGAAGCUCCUGACCCAUCAAACUACUGCAUUUUGAUAUCCAAUAUUAAAGUAAGCUGCAACAAGACUACUAUGGAUCUUCUGUGGGAACUGCGGUCUUUAUUGGAUCAAGUGUUGGCGGCUAAGAUCAGUAGCUCAAACAUUAAUACAGCUAGUGGAAAUGUCUUCGAAAAUCAAGUAUUGGAUGCUGUCAUGGAGUUAAUCACGGCGGAGGACGAAUGUUUAGAUUUUAUUUCAGAUAAUGAUUCGGAAUCAGACAGGUCCGAAUAUGACUCACGUAGGUCCUGGCGACGUUAAUUAAAUUUUUAUUUUAUUUAUUUAUUACACAGUUGAAAUUUUGUUA